AUAGCGUUGUAGUAUUGUUCCUUCAGCGCACAAAACGUGCGCUUGCUUUCGCGCAAGGAUCGCCCUUCAAACUUUUGGUUGUAUUUUGGGAAGCUCGCCUGCUCCCUCCUGAAAUUAUUUGCUCUAGAAGCAUAUAUACAUAGAAGGAAAAGGUGUUAUACAGCCAUGGAAGCGCACUUGACCCGCUGCCAGGGAGGGCUUCGGAGCGGACACCAGCACUCGCAUCCGGUCGUCCCAGCGCAUUUGCAACUUGUUCCUACUCGGCGGGCACCGGGGCCCCGCGCAACGCCGGCGAAUGCCCCUGUUCUGUCGGCAAGCAAAGCCCCGUCAUCUUUGGGGCAAACGCCGUCGUCACAAGGCCAGGACCUCGCCUCUUUUAUACAGUACGACGCGGCUGCUCGCUCGGCUAACGGCGGCACGCGGCGCUACGACGCCUCGGACUCCAUGCCUCUGGCCUGCGACAUGCUGCUGGUGACCAGCUGGGAGGAGACCAGCGGCGAUGAGCGGCAGAGCCUGGAUGAGGCGGACUGCAUCUCGGACUUCAUGCCGGGGGGCGGCGUGUCGCCCUCAGCCAUCUCGCAGGGCUUCGCCACGUCCAAGGGCCCCAUGAAGGCCACCAUGCAGGACUACUUUGUGGCGGUCAGCGACGCCCUGGGCGCCCUGUGGAGCCUCAGCCCACUGGAAUGGCGGGCGGCGCGCGCACCCGCCUUCGCGCACCAUGCCGGCGCACCCUUCUGCCUGACGGCAGUGUUUGAUGGGCACGGCAGCGGCGACCACGCGGCGCGCACGGCGCAGGAGAGCGUUCUGGCGGCGGUGGCGAGCGACAUGGAGCUACUGGACUGCUUUGCGCACAACAUGGAGGUGCCGGGUGUGGGCCCUGAAGCGCUGGCGGCGCUGUCCACUGCCUUUCGCCGCUCGUUCGCCGAGCUGGACGCGCGCAUAUGCAGCGAGGGCGAGGCGCGCGGACUGCCGCACGACGGCACGACGGCGCUGGUGAGUGUGCAGGUGGGCCCCAAGCUCUACACCGCCAACGCCGGCGACUGCCGCGCCGUGCUGUGCCGCGACGGCCGCGCGCUGCGCCUCAGCCGCGACCACAAGCCCGAGCUGCCGGAGGAGCGGCAGCGCAUCGAGGAGGCGGGCGGCCGGGUGGCCAACGUGCGCGGCACGUGGCGCGUGGUGCUGCCGCUGGCGGACGGCUGCACAGCCAAGGUCUGCUCCGUGUCGCGCGGCUUUGGCGACCGCGACUUCAAGGCCAACGCGCUGAUCAGCCCCGAGCCCGACGUGGCGGCGCUGGUGCUGGCGCCACAGCGGGACACCUUCGCGGUGCACGCCAGCGACGGGCUGUGGGGCGCCGUGGGCGACCAGGAGGCGGUCGACAUGGUGUCAGAGGUGAUUGAUAAGUUCACAGGCAUGACGUCAUUCAACACGCAGCACGCCGCCGCCGCCAAGGCCGCGGCACAGGAGCUGGUGAAGCUGGCGCGCGACCGCGGCUCCAUGGAUGACAUCACUGUGGUGGUCACCUUGUACGACUGGGACUAGAUUUGGCGCUGACUCACUCCCGUUGUGGACAAUUGUACAAAUGUACGGUAGCGCCGCUGCUGCGCGGCAGCGUGCGCGCCAGUAACGGUCAGAGGCGCGGAGGGGGCCUGGGUCCAGCAUGCAGUCUGGCAGGAGCGACGGCCACGAGCCUGUGGAGACGGAGCAGCGGCAGCAGCGGCCGGCUUGUGCGCCACACCGUAUCCGGUGGGCGGCGAUCCGGCGUUGGAGGUGACGUGAAGCAAGAGGCUUCGGGGUGGCUGAGUGCUCUACACAAAACCGCGGUCGGCAGGCCGCGCAUGCGGCUGCAACAUGCGGUUUCGCCAAGAGCCGUUGGUACCUGAGCCCCGUGGAACUGUAACUUGGUCGGUCGCGGGUGCUGCGUUGGCAAAUGUCCUUGAGGACAUGGGUGGCAACUUAUGGAGCGCAAAUAGCGCGCGUGCUGACCAAAUGACCCGGACACGCGCACUCAUGUUGGACGUAAUGACGUUUGGACCAUGGUAACCCGAUGGACUGAAAGACUGUCAAGCAUUGUUUUGUUGGCUAGCUAUGGAUAAGUUGCCGGUGCUCAGCGGUGCACAUGGCUGGUAGUUGGGGUGUUUCUUUGCCCUCGGCAAUAAGCACUUGGCCGGGAUGCGGGGCUGCAGGCUCGGGAUGAGCCAUGGGCUAUGCUCAUAAGGUAUGCGAUUGCACUAGGGCUUAAGCUGUUGGGAGGCUUCGCUGUGCAUGGGAUAGCAGAUUUUUUUGUUACGCCGCACCUACACACGCGCUUUGGGCUGCGCGACGUAUGGCACACUUUGCGCUGACGCGCGUCGUUGGCGCCGUGGCUGGUGGACGGGCAUACCCCCCUAAUCUGGGGUUGGGCUGCGCAUAAAGCAUUGGUAAGUGGCGACUGGGAAGCUACAGUGGCAAGUCGAAGCGGGGAAGUGUCGGCGUCACCUGGGCCACGCACCCCAGGCAUUUUGGGGUGAUGGUUUCCUGGCGCCCGGCUCCGUUCUUGCUCUGUACUACACUGAUGAUACGGUGGCGAUGGCGUGUGACGCGUUUGGCUGCUGGCUGUGACCUGCUGCGGCCGGUGCAUUGGACACGUACUGAUAUUAGGCAUGACGUGACGUGACGAGGUGAGCACUUUGGAUUGCCACGGUCACAGCGGCAGUUUCGUCCGGCAGGGAAGGUGUGGAGGCGCGGCCAAGUGGUACGGCACACGUGGCAAAGAGUCUGUUGCGCGUGUUUGCGGUGGUUCGGUUAGGGCAGGUUCACUGCAGGCGACAUCUGGCGUAGGGUGUCUGCCAUCCUUUGUCAUGCAGCGGCUGCAGGAUACUGGCCAGUUUAUCAACACUUACCGUGUGAGGAACACGUUUACCGCAGAGACAAGUGACUCUUCACGUACUAUUCGAAGGCAGGGUUGGGUGGGUGGGAGCAUCCUCCGCCACAGGCAUGCCACGGGAAGUUCGGAGUGAAUGGGGCUGUCUGCAGGUUGGGCGCCCUGCGCCCGCGUUCCAUGUGUUGGCAUGACAGCCUGUGUGACGGCCUUGAGGAAUGGAUUGGACAUGUUUCUAAACGCGUCUGUAUUGUACUGGAGACAGUGGCCCCAAGAUGGGAACGCGUGGAAAUGUCCAGAGGUGCCCAAGCGAGCGUGCACGAGACAUGUAGGUCGAGGAAGGCGGACACGCUGUGACAGUGUAACAUUACAGUGCCUUCCACGAUGAUGGGGGUGCCUCUCGCAAACAGGUGCUGCAAGUACCAGGAAGUGAACGGUCAUGGGUCGCGAGCUCAAGCCAUUCUAGU